AUGUCGGAGUUGCAAGCCUUUGACAUGAUAAAACACAUGCUGUUCUGCCUCGGUUUUCGCGAUCAAUACAGACCUAACAUGGUAGCCCUUCAGGUGCAGCUAUAUCAAUUAUCUCGUUUGAUUUUCGAUAAUUUAUACGACAUCCACGUUCAUUUCGAACGCCACGACGUUUCUCCAGCUUUAUACGCCGCUCCGUGGUUCCUAACUCUAUUUUCCUCCCAAUUCCAUCUAGGAUUUGUAUCCAGACUAUUCGAUCUUAUCUUUUUACAAGGUAUGGAGGCAGUUUUCAAAGUAUCUUUAUUGCUGUUGACAACUUUUCGAGACGAUUUACUACGACUGACGACUUUCGAGACCAUUGUCGAUUACCUGAAAAACGUCCUGCCAUCUUUAGAUAACGAACAAACGUCGAGGAUUUUGGACGAAGCUAUUAGUUUAGACGUAGCCAAAUCUUUGCAGUCUUACGAAGUGGAAUAUCACGUACUCCAAGAAGAAAUGUUCCACAACACCUCAAAAUCCACGGAAUCAUUAUCCAGGCAGGAGAUUACCAACAACGAAUUAAAGCAAGAAAAUCAAAGCUUAAUUGAACAAUUACAGGCAGCAAAUACGACCGUGCACAAUNAACAACAGCAACGUUUCU